GGGCUCCGAGUCAACAGGCACGACAGUGGGCACCGGGUCACCAGGUAUGACAGCAGGCUCUGAGUCAAUUGGCACGACAGCGGGCACUGGAUCAGGUACCGGAUCAUCUGGAUCAACAGCGGGCAUCGAGUCAACUGGCCUAAUAGGAUCGUCGGGCUGGAUCAGUUCAUCAUGCUGAGUAGCGGCAUCAGGCUAAGUAGAGGCUUCAGGCUGAGGAGAGGCAUCCGGCUGAGGAGAGGCAUCCGGCUGAGGAGAGGCAUCAGGCCGAGUAGAGGCAUCAGGCUGAGUAGAGACUUCAGGCUGAGU